GUGGAGGAGAGAGAGAGAGAGAGAGAGAGAGAGAGAGAGAGAGAGAGAGAGAGAGAGAGAGAGAGAGAGAGAGAGAUGGCGCAACGCCUCAGCAUCCGAAACACACGGGAGCGGUGCGCCACCGAGACCGGAGCUCUGGACUCACCCGAAGCAGCGCCACACACUCACUGCUCUCCUCUCCCCGCACGGCGGUGUCUCAUGCUGGGUUAGAGAGGUUGGCUAAGCCCUAAGGAUGCGAGUUGUUUUCAAUCAGCACAGUAGUUACCAGCUGUGCCCUCACAUUCCCCAGGGUGGCACAACCAAGAUAUUAAUCAUCACCCACCUCCGUCUGCGCAUGUGAUUCCACUGCGAGGACUGGAAGUCGAGUACCUCAGCUGCUUUACUUCAAUCAAGACCUUUGUUCCCUGACAUCCGGCAUAGCUCCCUUAUCCAACUGCCAUGGUGACAUGACACACCUGAGUGGCUUUGUGGGUUUGCGCCUGUCUCACGCCUAGUCAAUUGGUUGGGUUUCUAAAAACGCUCAAUCUCCCGCACACACACUCUCUAGACUUCAGCAAACUAAAAACGACAUCGCUUCUUCCUACGCACGACACCUCAACAGUUUGCAAUGACCGUGGCUGUCCGGUUCCGCCGCCACUUACGAAGGCUCUUGCUGUUACUGGCCUCCUGCUGUCUCGUCUCCUUGCUCCUCUCUGCCUAUUUUCUCUUUACGAACUCCUCCCCUUCCAUGCAGCUUGGACAGUCCCCUGAGCCUGCCUGCUCCCAGUCGCUCUCCAUGUCCCCAUAUCGUCAACUCCCAUACCCCUACCCUCCUAACCCUCCUCACACACAUGUCUACACUGACCCAGUAGUUUUGGUGAUGGUGGAGUCCCAGUACUCCCAGCUUGGCCAGGAUAUUGUAGCUAUACUGGAGUCAGCACAUUUCCAGUUCCGUAUGGAGAUUGCUUCAGGAAAGGGCGACCUUCCGCCACUUACAGAACAGGGUCGUGGACGAUUUUCGCUCGUCAUAUAUGAGAAUCUUUUAAAGUAUGCAAAUGCAGACACAUGGAACAGACAGCUGUUGCAUCAAUACUGUACUGAGUAUAGAGUUGGCAUCAUAGGUUUCUAUCGCUCCACGGAGAACUCCCCAUCUCCCCUGAAACUCCGAGGCCUACCGCUGGUGCUUAGGACCACCCAGGCACUUUGGGACUGCUGUGUGGUGUCUAGCUCACCUCUUCUCCAGCUUACCAAACCUGGCACAGAUCGAGGACCUUUACCUGGUGAAGACUGGACCUCAUUUUCGUCUAAUCACUCCACAUACCAGGCGGUGCUCCAUGCACGGGCUAAGGAGGGAGCAGGCUCAGGCAGCGGAGAUAAUUCAGGCCCUGGGUUCAAUCUAGGCCUCCACGCCACAGUGGUACAGGACAUGGGACUAUAUGAUGGGGUGAGGAGAGUGCUCUUUGGCCAGGGACUGGCCUACUGGCUCCACAGACUCAUCCUGGUGGAUGCCAUUUCCUACCUCACAGACAGGAAGCUUACUUUGGGUCUGGACCGGCACAUACUGGUGGAUAUAGAUGACAUUUUUGUGGGGAAAGAAGGGACUCGCAUGAAUGCCAAGGAUGUGAAGGCUCUCCUAGAAACUCAGAAGCAGCUUCGUUCUCAGAUCUCCAACUUUACCUUUAAUCUGGGCUUCUCUGGGAAGUUCUACCACACAGGCACAGUGGAGGAGGACGAGGGAGAUGAUCUACUACUGAAGUAUGUAGAUGAGUUCUGGUGGUUCCCCCACAUGUGGAGCCACAUGCAGCCUCACCUCUUCCACAAUGAGUCCUCACUGCUGGAGCAGAUGGUCCUCAACAAGGAGUUUGCUCUGAACCACAACAUCCCAGUGGAUAUGGGCUACGCUGUGGCCCCUCACCACUCAGGUGUCUAUCCGGUCCACCUGCAGCUGUAUGAGGCUUGGAAACGUGUGUGGAACAUUCGGGUCACCAGCACUGAAGAGUACCCCCACCUCAAACCUGCCCGCUACCGUAAGGGCUUCAUCCACAACAGCAUAAUGGUGCUGCCUCGCCAAACGUGUGGCUUGUUUACUCACACCAUCUACUAUAAGGAAUACCCCGGUGGACCAAAAGAACUGGACAAAAGCAUCCGUGGGGGAGAGCUGUUUCUCACCGUGCUGCUCAACCCAAUAAGUAUAUUCAUGACCCACCUAUCUAACUAUGGCAAUGAUCGACUGGGUCUAUACACAUUUGUCCACCUGGCCUCCUUCCUUCGCUCAUGGACAAACCUGAAGCUUCACACCCUCCCACCACUCCAGCUUGCACACAAGUACUUCCAGCUCUUUCCUGAACAAAGAAACCCACUCUGGCAGAACCCAUGUGAUGACAAGCGACAUAAAGACAUCUGGUCUAAAGAAAAAACCUGUGACAGAUUACCCAAGUUCAUGGUAAUAGGGCCACAGAAAACAGGAACGACAGCACUUUAUCUCUUCCUACUCAUGCAUCCCUCCAUCUCCAGCAAUUUCCCAAGUCCAAAGACUUAUGAGGAGGUCCAGUUCUUCAACACCAACAAUUACCACAAAGGAAUUGACUGGUACAUGGAGUUUUUCCCCGUGCCCUCCAAUGUUAGCACAGACUUCUUGUUUGAGAAGAGCGCCAACUAUUUCCCCUCAGAGGAGACCCCACGGCGAGCGGCUGCCCUGCUGCCCAAGGCCAAGAUCAUCACCCUGCUCAUCAACCCUUCUGACAGGGCCUACAGCUGGUAUCAGCAUCAGAGAGCUCACGAGGACCACGCAGCACUACGCUUCACCUUCUAUGAUGUCAUCACUGCAAAAAAGGGUGCACCAGCUGAGCUGCGGUCCCUGCAGAGCCGCUGUCUCAUCCCUGGUCUGUACGCUACACACCUAGAGAGGUGGCUCACAUACUACCCUGCUAACCAGCUGAUGAUCAUAGAUGGCCAUCAACUGAGAACUGACCCCGCAGCAGUGAUGGAUGAAGUUCAGAAGUUUCUUGGAGUCACUCCUCAGUUCAACUACUCCCAGGCCCUUACCUUUGACCCUCAGAAGGGUUUUUGGUGUCAGCUCCUUGAGGGUGGAAAGACAAAAUGUUUAGGAAAAAGCAAAGGAAGGAAGUACCCCCCUAUGGAGCCAGAGGCACGUGCAUAUCUCUCCAGGUACUACAGAGAACACAAUGUGGAGCUGUCAAAGCUGCUGCAUCGGCUUGGACAGCCCCUUCCCUCUUGGCUAAGAGAGGAGUUGCAGAAGAUAACCUUUGCAUCUAUGAGCCGUGGUUAAAGUCAGGGGGGUCACAGAACAGGAAGCGACUGGGAGCACCUGACCUUCAGAUGCACUGUCUGUGGCCUUUUAGUGCACCCUGAGGUGAAAGCAAGGACGGGGGUUGCCUUGUUUUACCGAAGAGCUGUGACGCUGCUGAGAGGAGCAGAAGUCAUGAAAGCACAAAGAAACCUUGUGAGCUGAAACAGAACUCUGGGAUGGAUGGAUGGAUGGAUGGAUGGAUGGAUGGAUGGAUGGAUGGAUGGAUGGAUGGAUGGAUGGAUGUUUCAGGCGAAUAGACAGCUCUGAUGAAAAUGGGACUAAAAGGAAGAACCAUAUGACAACAAUGAAGCAAACUGCGGAGGACAAUGAGAAUUUGGAAAAUGUUUGAUGCCCAAAACCUGUUCUAGUGAAUUCUUAUGCACACCUGCAGUGAAUUUGAUUAUUAAUCCUUUUUAUUUUAUGAUCACUUUUAAAUU